AUGCCACAACUACCAGAGCGGCGCAAAGCCUCGUCAACCGCUUCAAAAGCACCAGUAGAAGACGAAACUCAACGUAAGACUCGGAUCCAAACCAAAAACAGGCGGAUGCGCUAUCUCGAACUCCAUCCCGAGUACUUCGAGCAACCCUCCCUAGAGCUCGCAGAUCCAUUAUUAUACGACAGAACCAUUCGCCGCUUCCUCACCCCUCACGAACGCGAGCUCGACAGGCGUAGUAAAGGCUACUCCGGCGUCCUCGAAGCCAACCUCAUCCGCUCGGAAGCCAAACUCGCCGCGCUUCGGAACCCGGACCCGAAUAGUCCGACGGUCUAUACGCGAGCUGCCGACGGCUCGAUCACAGGCGUCGAGCAGGACGUCGAUGAUCGGCCGCGGGAUCGGCAGCAGGGGUGGGAGAAGUGGAGGGAUGUGAUGGGAUUGCGGUUCGUCGGGGGUAGGGAUGAGGAGUUUGAGUAUGCGGGGGUGGAUGGGAGUGAGGAGUUUGAUGAUCGGGCGGAGGUGGAGAGGGAGAGGUUGGAUGAGUAUUUGGAGGGGGAGGAGGAGCGGUUCGUGGGGGAUGGUCCCAGGCCCGUGGGUGAGACGGGGGUGCAGGAUUUUUGA